CCCAGUCCUAUACUGAUGGUCCCUGUCCCCCCUACAUCCCCUCGUGCUCCCUCCUCACAUCAGCCAGGGGACAGUGAUGGGGACAGUAAUGGGGACGUUGCCCCCCCCGCAUCCAAGCGCUGCCGUCAGUCACCUGCUGACCAGGACAAGGGACCUCCCCCACCCCAUAAAGCUCCAGCCCCCAACAGCCAUAUACCGGUGGAGCCAUCCCAGUAUGACCCCAGUAAGAGUGGGUACCACCCAGUGCAGGAUGCCUGCUGGGGGCAUGGGCACAGUGUCCCCUACCUGGCGGUGGCUCGUACCUUUGAGCGCAUUGAGGAGGCUUCAUCCCGGCUGAAGAUCAUUGAGAUCCUCACCAACUUCCUACGCUCCGUGGUGGCCCUGACCCCAUCUGAAUUACUCCCUUGCCUUCUUUUGUGCCUCAACCGUCCGGGAGCCGCCCCUGAAGGGUUGGAGCUGGGUGUUGGCGAGACCCUGCUCACCCGUGCCCUUGCUCAGGCCACUGGUCGCCAGCUGGCUCAGAUCCGCAGUGAAGCACAAGAUAAAGGGGAUUUGGGGUUGGUGGCCGAAAGCAGCCGCUGCACCCAACGCACGGUGGUGCCGCCAGCCCCAUUGAGCGCCAACGGUGUCCUCGGCAAGCUGCGGGAGAUGGCCGCCAUGUCGGGCAAUGCGUCUUCUAACAAGAAGAUCGACAUCAUCAAAGGGCUCUUUGUCGCCUGUCGGCACUCAGAGGCGCGAUACCUCGUCCGAUCUCUCAGUGGAAAGCUCCGCAUUGGGUUGGCCGAGCAGUCGGUGCUCACCGCGCUGGCACACGCCGUCACUCUCACCCCACCAGGGCAAGAGUGGCCGCUGGCUGUGGUGGAUGCUGGGCAGAACAUGGCACCUGAUGCACGCAGAGCUUGGUUGGAGGAGCGGAGCCGGAUCCUCAAGCAGACCUUCUGUGAACUGCCUGACUAUGCUGCCAUUGUCCCGGUGCUGCUGGAGCACGGCCUGGAGCAGCUCCCCAAGCAUUGUGGCAUCACUCCAGGUGUCCCCUUGAAACCCAUGCUGGCCCAACCUGCCCGCUGCGUCCGCGAGCUGCUGAAGCGCUUUGAGGAGGCCGCGUUCACCUGCGAGUACAAAUAUGACGGAGAACGAACCCAGAUCCACGUCUUGGAGAGCGGAGCCGUCUUCAUCUACAGCCGCAAUCAAGAGAACACAACCGCCAAGUAUCCCGACCUCGUCCAGCGCAUCCCCAAGAUGCUGAAGCCUGGUGUGCGCUCGUGCAUCCUGGAUGCAGAAGCGGUGGCUUGGGACAAGGUGACAAAGCAGCUGCAGCCCUUCCAGGUGCUGAUGACGAGGAAGAGGAAGGAUGUAGAUGCUGCUGACAUUAAGGUGCAAGUGUGCGUCUACGCCUUUGAUCUGCUGUACCUCAAUGGGGAGCCGCUGGUGCGGGAGCCCUUGGCCACGCGGCGCCGGUUGCUGCGCCAGUCAUUUGAAGAAUCCGAGGGCGAAUUCCUCUUUGCCACUUCGAUGGACACCUCUAAUCCCGAUGAGAUUUCAGAGUUCCUGGACAAAGCCAUUAAGGCUUCCUGCGAGGGUCUCAUGGUGAAGACACUGGAGGUGGAAGCCACCUAUGAGAUUGCUAAGCGGUCCCACAAGUGGUUGAAGCUGAAGAAGGAUUACCUGGAUGGCCUUGGGGACACGCUGGACCUCGUCGUCAUAGGUGCCUACCUGGGCAAGGGCAAACGUGCGGGCAUUUAUGGGGGAUUCCUGCUGGCCUGCUAUGAUGAGGAGAGUGAGGAAUACCAGAGCAUCUGCAAGGUGACCACUAUGGGGUCCUUAUGGGGUCCUAUGUGGACAUUAUGGGGUACUUAGGGGGUCCAAUGUGGU